UUUCGUUCCGAAAAUUCCGAGUCCGAGAUAACGAUUUUGAAGAAGAAUCUUUAAAUUUCAUUUUAAUUUCAUCCUUAAACCCGACCGGACCUACAGCUUGUGUUCAAGUACGUUGUAGUGGACAUCAACAGGUUGCAGUAACGGCAUAAAACGUGCGAGGUAGCACGUUCUUGACCCGGAUUCAACGAUGGCCGUGUACUUGAUGCCGCGGAAUCGCCUGUUCUCGAAGGCAGUCAAUCUAAAACCGAAUCCAAAACAGUGGACCACCCGAUGGACCAUUGUGCAGCGCACGAUCUACGGUACUAACCGGCAGCAGCAGCAGCAGCAGCAUCAUCAAAAUCCCUCUUCCACUAACCAAACCCACCAGGAGAACCAUCACCACCAUCACCACCAGCAGCAGACAGGCUCAUCAGCAGCGGGCGGCUGGCUAACGUGGCGCGGUGUCUUUCUUCGCUGGACACCCAUCAGUAUCUGUAUGGUGGUGGCUGCCAAGUGGCACCUUCACAAUCGAGAUCUCGAUAAGAAGGGCCUACCACGAACCGCCGCAAAAUGGCAGAGAAAAAUGUACUGCUCGUUACCGCUGCGCUUCAUGAGUCGCUGCUGGGGCUGGGUGGCCGAUCGCAAGGUACCAACGCCAGCACGCCCCGUGGUGUACGGCUUAUACUCGCACACGUUCGGAGUGAAGAUGGAGGAAGCGGCCUCAGCAGAUUUCAAAGAGUAUCGUAGUAUAGGAGAGUUUUUCACUCGGCCACUGAAGGAAGAUGCACGUCCGAUCGAUCCUACCACGUGUUUCGUUUCACCGUGCGAUGGACGAAUAUUGCACUUCGGUGCGGCCAAUGCCAGCCAAGUGGAGCAAGUCAAAGGUGUAUCAUAUAGUUUAGAGGCCUUCCUGGGACCACCGACCUGGAGCAAAAAGAACACACCCGAUGUGGUAGAUAAGGUGAAAAAGAGUGCCUCCCCCGAUAGUGUGCUGUACCAGUGCGUCAUCUACCUAGCUCCUGGUGAUUACCAUCGUUUCCAUUCACCUACACAUUGGAAACCGGAACUGAGGAGGCACUUUGCCGGGGAGCUACUGUCCGUCAGUCCCAAAAUCGCAGGCUGGAUGCCGGGCCUGUUCUGUCUGAACGAGCGUGCCGUCUACAUUGGCAAAUGGAAGCAUGGUUUCUUCAGCUACACGGCAGUAGGUGCAACAAAUGUAGGUUCGGUUGAGAUUUUCAUGGAUGAAAAACUGAAAACGAACCGAUGGACGGGAUUAGCGUUUGGAAGCCACAAACAGAAAAAGAAAGACCUAACUCCGUACGAUGAGCUGGAGCUGCCGCAGGACAAAUACCUCUCCAAGGGAGAGCUCGUUGGACAGUUCCGCAUGGGCAGCACGAUUGUGCUCAUCUUUGAAGCACCGAAGCAGUUUAAGUUCAAUCUAUUUCCUGGUCAACGGGUACGCGUUGGAGAAAGAUUAGGAACGUUCGAAGGUAUGGAGGAGACAGAGGAAGAUCCGGAGGAAGUGAAACGGAUCAUCGAAUCGGUCGAAGAGUCGGAAAUGACGGCUUUGUGAAAAGUAUUUAGGUAGGCCAACAAAGUAAUCGUGCCCCCUCGGUACCAGUGUGGUUCAGCGUUCCAGUAUAGUCUCACGAUCAUACCGAUUACCUCAUAUUUUUAAAUCACUCGGAUAACGAAGAAGCACCAUUUCCUAUGUAUUUGCGCUAACCACAUCAAAGUAUGCCAACGUAUGCCCGUUGGUGAUUCUAUUGCGUGUUGCUAAGUUACCUUUUACUUUGGUGCUUGUAGCGGGUUUGUAAUGAACUCGUUCGCUCAACUUUACUACCAUUGGAACCACCGGGGGUAAUGAAAUGAGACAUCACCCCCUCUACCUUCUCAAGGAGUUCGCGGUACGGUUUGGGGCACGUAGUGUUGUAGUACAUAUUGUACCAGACUGUUCGGACUGGCGGCCUCGGAAGCCUACUAUUAGGAGUAAGCCAAACACUAAACAGUUAACUGUAGCAAUGGGCCUCAACCAACACGAAUAAUGUCUUGUGAGCCAACAGUGGCCCUCAAAUAACAGCAUGUCAUGCCAGAAACAUUGGAGUGUAAAGUCAUUGAACCUUUUUAACGCGACUGGCGAAGAACUUGAGGAACAUGACAACACGUGUGCGUUAGUUGCUGUGAAGCGUGAGAAUGACGUAUGGAACCUGGUACUCCGUACUGAAUGGUACGGUGGUCGAGGAGUACUACGUCAGCUUACACAAACUGGAAUGUUAAAGUAAACUUUAUAGAAAUAUAUUUUUAAUGUUGCCAAUACAAA